ACGGGUAACGAUGAGGCAGAGGCUGGCAAUCAAUACGGCGUCGUAUUUGCAUCCUCCCCCGACGACCGACGCGUUUGCCCAAUUCCAUUUCUCAACUGUCCGUCGGAGAAGAAAGUUAAAAUGGAAACCAAUACGGGGAACGAGGAUGGUUGGGUUUGGAAUUCUGGGUCAUGUUUCCACCAAGAUUGAAUCACAAUAAUUCAUAUUAACAGGAUCGAUUAUUUCUGUGAUCCUUUCAGGAUGGAAACCAAAACAACGGAAGAGAAUGAGGAAAGGCCUGCAGCAUUGCCGAAAGUUGAUCGAUUUGGAUUUGUGAAGAUGGACAAUAACUAUCUUGAUCGAUUUGCAAGCAGCAUGUCUGCCUCAGAAUUUGAGAGGGACGAAAGAAGAAUUAGAAAAUGGAGAAGGAUGAUAGGGGUUGGGGGAAGUAAUUGGAUGCAUUAUGUUAGGAGAAAACCUCAUGUUGUGAAAAGGAGAAUAAGGAAAGGAAUUCCAGAUUGUCUACGAGGAUUGGUUUGGCAACUACUUUCUGGCAGUAGGGACCUCCUUCUCUUGAAUCCAGGUGUUUAUGAGCAAUUAGUCAUGUAUGAGACGUCUGCUUCUGAGCUGGACAUUAUUCGAGAUAUUUCUCGUACAUUUCCUUCACAUAUUUUCUUCCAGCAGAGACAUGGCCAAGGUCAAACGUCCCUCUACAAUGUUCUGAAAGCCUACUCAGUUUUUGACAGAAAUGUCGGAUAUGUGCAGGGUAUGGGAUUUGUUGCUGGUCUAUUGCUUCUUUAUAUGAGUGAGGAGGAUGCAUUUUGGUUAUUGGUAGCACUGAUGAAAGGAGCUGUCCAUACCCCUAUGGAAGGGCUUUACCUGGCAGAGUUGCCCCUUGUUCAACAAUAUCUUUUCCAGUUAGACCAUUUGGUUAAAGAUUACAUGCCGAAGUUGGGAGAGCAAUUUACUCAAGAAAUGAUAAACCCGAGCAUGUACGCUAGCCAGUGGUUCAUAACAGUUUUUUCUUACUCAGUCCCGUUCAAUUUAGCCCUCAGGAUCUGGGACGUCUUUCUUUUUCAGGGCGUUAAAAUCAUAUUUAAAGUUGGUUUAGCUCUACUGAAGUAUUGCCAUGAUGAUCUGGUAAAGCUACCUUUCGAGAAACUUAUUUAUGCAUUGUGUAACUUUCCUAAGGAUGCCAUGAAUCCCGAUGUGCUACUACCAAUAGCUCACUCAAUUAAGGUGUCGAAACGGCUGAAGGAGUUGAAGGAGAUUUACGAGAAACAGAAUGGAAAGUUGUCCGAGAGAAUUCAUGCUCAGAGGCGACAACAACUAACUCAAACGACGCCUUGCCUGUGAAAAACUAUCGGAUUCGGAUUCUUUUAUUUGUUGCUGCCCUUCAUCAGACAACACCUCGAUUUUCUUGAGGAGAUAUUUUUUAGAUGCAUUGUCCAGAUCCGGCGAAAGAUGAUGGUCGCUCCGGAGAAAGAACUUCCACGUCGACGCGAUGCGCGAAAAAAACACAGGGAGUGUGAACAUAUAUACUUGUAAUAGAAAUGCAACAGUAUAUAUAUCUAUACAAAUGCACCCUAUUUGUCUUACGUUGUUCACAGCAGACCACAUUUUUCAUUACACAACGAUCCAUCUAUAUAAAACCAUCAUACAAGAAUCACGAAAACAAGAAAGGUGAAGAGUCGCGAGAAAUCGUUUUAGUAAAAAAAAUCAUUUCAAAAAUAGUGACACAUCGAUACCA